AUGGUCGCGGGAAUGUUUGCAUUGUUCCAGAGCAAUGCCGAACAUGACGUUUUGCAUGCCGAACGCGAGCACCGUUCCAAUCAGCAGGCGGCGAAGUUUUCCUUCGUUGCGUCAGAUGCAGUGUGGACUGACAGCGAAAAUUGGAUACUGCUUGUUGUCAAACUCGAUUCGGAAGUGGACUUGGAUUUGGACUCAGACUGGGAUUCGGGAUUAAACUUGGAUCUGGACUUGGGUUUGGACCCGGACUUGGAUUCGGAUUUGAAUUUCGACUUGGAAUUGGACUCGGACGUGGAUUCGGACAUGGACUUGGACUCGGACUUGGAUCUGUACUCGAAUUUGGACUCGGAUUUGGAUACGGGCUUGGACUUGGACUCGGACCUGAACUCGGGUUUGGAUUCGCAUUUAGAUUCGGAAGUGGACUUGGAAUUGGACUCGGACUUGGAUUUGAAAUUAAACUUGGAUCUGGACACGGACUUGGCGUAUGGCUCGAACAUGGACUUGGACUCGGAUUCGGAUUUGGACUUGGACCCGGACUUGAACAUAGACAUGGAUUCGGACUUGGAUUGGUACCAGGGCUUGAUCUUGGACUUGGACUCGGACUUGAACAUGGACUUGGAUUCGGACAUAAACUUGGACUUGCAGUUUGGACUCGGACUUGGAUUCGUACAUGGAUUCGGACCUGGACUUGGACUUGCACUCGUACUUGAACUAGGACUUGCACUCCACUUGGUUUCGGAAUUGGACUCGGACUUGGCCGUGAACUCGGAUCCGGACUCGGACUGGCACUUAGACUUACACUCGGCCUUGGAUUUGUACUCGGACUUGGACUCAGAUUUGGAGUUGGACUGGGACUUGGGCAUGGACUCGGAUCCGGACUUGGACUCGGACUUGUACUCGUGCUCGGACUUGGACUCGUACUUGGACCUGGACCACGACUUGAACUUGGACUUGGACUCGGACUUGAACAUGGACUUGGAUUCGGAUAUAGAAUCGGACAUGGUAUUGGAUUCGGACUUGGAUUCGUAUUUGGAUUCGAAACUGGAUUCGGACUUGGACUGGGACUCGACUUGA